CCCUCCCUCCCCUCCCCAUCCCCACGAUGGCGCCACCGCUGCCGCCAGGGACGCCUCCGCUGCCGGGAGGAGCCGCGAUCGCCCCUGGCCGCGCCGCGGGCUUGCAGGGCGCUGUCGCUCCUCAGGCCGGCGGCCGGGAGUUGGUGUGCCCGUUGCAGUUGACGGCGCGCUCCAGCAGCUCGACGCUGGAGACGCCGCGCACGGCCACAGCCAGGUCGCUGGGCGAGAAGGAGACCGCGACCGGGAGCAGGCAGCCCUCAGCGGCACGGGCAGGACGAGCCCGCCUCGCGCGAGCAUGCGACAGCCGCCGGCCGCUCGACGCUGCGCGCCCCGAGCGGCGACGGAGGCGGUGCGGCUCGCGCUGCUCGACGAGCGGCCGCGGGAGCCCCGCGAGCGCGGCGCCGAGCAGCCGCUGGCGGGGCGCGGCAGCGCCGCGGCGAGCCCAAAGUGCAGCGCCCGCAGCGCGGGGCCGUCGACGGAGGCGGCAUGGUCCACCACGCCCCCGUCGCAGUGCGACUCGCCAACCUCGGCGCGGAGCCAGCGGCCAGACUCUGGCCGCGGCGGCUGCGGCGCGGACGACGCCGCCGAGGCGAGCGCGCCGCCCCAGCGCCAGCGCGCAUGGACCGUGGGCGGCGCCGAGGGCCUGCAGCACUCAGCCGACCCCUCCAGGUUCCACCUGGACCUGCAGAAGCGGCUGGAGGUCAUCCGGUUCGUCACCAUGAGGGAGAACCAGAAGCUGAAGGACGCCGUCCAGCAGGUGCGCGAGCAGAUCGCCCGCAGGGGCCUCGAGCUCGGCUGCGACCCCCACGCCGGCAGACCGCCGCCGCCCCCGCCGGCGAGCACCCCGCCGCCGCGGUGGCCCCAGCGGGUGCACUGGCGCGUGGACGGCGCCGCCCUGUCCUCCGGGGCGCCGCCGCCGCGCCACGGCCUCGCGCUGCCCGGGUGCCCCGGCGUCUCGCUCGAGCUCGCGCUCGAGCCGGCCCCGGGCGCUGCGCAGCGGGGCGCCGCCGGCGCCUCCUCCAGCAGCGCGCCCCGCGCCGCUCCUGGGCGACGGCGGGAGGAGACGCCGAAGCGGACGAAUUGGGGGACGGGCACUGCGGAUGCCGCUUGGUGCUCAGCGUGGCGGGCCCGCCGACCUGCGAAUCCCAGCAGGGAGGGAUCCCCCAGGACCUCUUGGUAGCCCUCCGCGUCGAGGUCGUGGGGCCCAGCGGGGCGCCCGCCCCGCUGCUCCGAGGGGGCGCCACCGCCUCCGCGGCCAUUCCACUGUGCAGCGGGCAGGACGACGCAGAGGACGGAGGCGGACGCCGCCGCGCGCAGGCGACCUGCGCCGCCGCCUGGAGCCGCGCCGCCGCCGUGGAGGCGGUGCUGUGCCACGCCGAGGUGGCGCCCGCUGGCGCCGCGGCCUCGGCCGGGCCCGGCACGCCCCCGCGGCGCUCCGCG